GGUUGGCUACCUGUGGUCCCAAGCAAAUUUGUAGCUGCGCAUGCGUGUAGAUGGUUAUGGAGGACAGUUUGAGCUGUUCACAGUAACCCGUGAAUUAAGUGGCUCCUUCUAGACAGUUUCUUGCUAAGAAACGUAUUUUGGAUAUAUUUACUGCAUUGGCAGGUGUGUUUAGUUUCUGGGAUGGCGUCCGAGUCAGGACUACCGACUCCAGCCGCCGUUUCCAAGGUAAUCAUGACCUUUCACCCUACCAACGAGGAGUUCCGUAACUUCAGCCGCUACAUCGCCUACAUGGAAUCUCAGGGGGCGCACACUGCAGGCCUGGCCAAGAUCGUCCCCCCUAAGGACUGGAAGCCGAGGCGUUGCUAUGACGACAUAGACAACCUGGUGAUUCCAGCGCCUAUCCAGCAGCUGGUGAGCGGCCAAUCAGGACUCUUCACCCAGUACAACAUCCAGAAGAAGGCCAUGACCGUGCGAGAGUUCCGCAAGAUGGCCAACAGUGACAAGUUCUGCUGUCCUCACCAUGUAGAUUUUGAUGAGCUAGAGAGGAAGUACUGGAAGAACCUGACCUUUAACCCCGCCAUCUACGGGGCGGACGUCAACGGAACGCUCUACGACCCCGAGGUGACGGAGUGGAACAUUGGGCGGCUGCACACCAUCCUGGACACGGUGGAGCGAGAGAGCGGCGUCACCAUCGAGGGCGUCACCACGCCCUACCUGUACUUCGGGAUGUGGAAGAGCUCCUUCGCCUGGCACACAGAGGACAUGGACCUGUACAGCAUCAACUACCUGCACCUCGGACAGCCCAAGUCCUGGUACUGUGUUCCUCCAGAGCAUGGGAAAAGGCUGGAGCGUUUGGCUCAAGGGUUCUUCCCUGGCAGUGCCCAGACCUGUGAAGCGUUCCUCAGGCACAAGAUGACAAUCAUCUCCCCCUUCAUCCUCAAGAAGUACGGCAUCCCCUUUGAGAAGGUCACCCAGGAGGCAGGGGAGUUCAUGGUGACGUUCCCCUACAGCUACCACGCUGGCUUCAACCACGGCUUCAACUGUGCCGAGUCCACCAACUUCGCUACGGAGCGCUGGAUAGAGUACGGCAAGCAGGCCACGCUGUGCUCCUGCAGGAAGGACAUGGUAAAGAUCUCCAUGGGUCUGUUUGUGAAGAAGUACCAACCAGAACGCUACCAGAGCUGGCUGGAGGGGCGGGACUCCCAGCCCAUCGACCACUCACGGCCCACGCCCGAGGCAUGUGAGUUCCUGGGGGAGGAGCCUGCCGGUGACAUCAGCCAGGAGGCUGGCCCGGAGGAGACUGGAGGGGAAGGAGAGAAGAGGAGCCCCACCCAGAGGAUAGGAACCAAGAGGCACAGGGUCUGUCUGGAGCUGCCCCAUGGACUGCUGCCCCACGGACUGCUGCCCCACGGACUGCUGCCCCGGGCGGAGGAGGAGGGGGAGUAUGGUAAAAAGGCUAGAUUGGGACCAGAUCAGAAAGGUCCUCCCACGCUGGUCGUCACGCCGACCAAGCUCAUGUUGAGGGAGCUGCCCCACCCCGAGGCACCACGAGACUCCUCCCCCCCUCCGCAAGUCCCCGCCCCCCCUGCCUCCCCGGCCUCCUCCUCCAUCCUUGCUCGCUCCCAGAAUCUGCUCCGUAAUGGACACCUGAUUGUAGCUGUCGCCCCCUCCAGGAAUGGGGUUCCCCUCAAGCCCCCCUCCCAGCCCUCCCCCCAGCCCCUGGCCUCCCCCCUGGCCCGGGCCUCCCCGCAGGCCCCUCGUCCUGGCCUGAAGCUGGGCGUGGCCAGCCUGCUCUUCCACAAGACCCAGAGCCCCAGAGAGGCUCUCCAGGUGCACAGCUUCUCCAGGCAGCAGCACACCCAGUUGCACGUGCACAGCUACGCUCGCGAGCACCAGCCCCGACACCUGCAGAACAAGAACCAGGCCCAGAACCAGGCCCAGAACCAGGCCCACAACCAGGCCCACAACCAGGCCCACACGCUCAGCCCUGUGAGGAACAAGUCUACGAUCCUUCAAACCAAACUGGAUCAUCAGAACCAGGCCAAAGCAGCACAGGGAGCAGCACAGGGUCUGUUCAAAACCCAGGGCAGCGGCCUGGCCGUGGGGCAGCAGCAGCCAGGCGAGGCCCAGGCUGCCGGGGAGAGGCCUGAGGCCUGCCGCAGUCCAGGCCUGGGCCAGGCAGAGGCAGCACAGGCAGGGAGGCAGGCCGAGGCAGCACAGGCAGGGAGGCAGGCCGAGGCAGCACAGGCAGGGAGGCAGGCAGAGGCAGAACUGGCAGGGAGGCAGUCAGAGGGGGAGUCAACAGACAACAGGACAGACAACAAGCACAAGUCUGUGUCUGGUUCUGGCCAGCAGGGGGCAGCAGAGCAGGGCCGGUCUUACUGUCAGACUGUGAAAAAGAAGCAGCUGCUCCGGAGCCUGCCUCGACAGCACCCUCUGCUCAGGGAAGCCCACAGCGACCACGAGGAAGAGGAGGGGGGGCAGGGGGAGGCAUGGCGCCGAUGCAGCCCCGAGGCAGAGAGGGACUACAACACACAAACUGGUCUCCAGAGCCCGUACUGUGCUGUCUGCCUGCUGUUCCACACACACCAGCAGGCGGAGGGUCCUGGGGUGCAGCUGUUGGGAGUCCAGGGGGGGCCUCAGCGCUCCAGGCCCCUGAUCCCAGAGGUGUGCUUCAGAAGCUCACACAAGAAGGGAGAGGGGGCGGGGCCUGGGGAGGGGGCAGGGCCUGGGGAGGAGGACCUGACCACGCCCCACCUAGAGCCGGACGGGACCAGCUGGCUGAUCAGCUGCUCGCGGUGCUGUGUCCGUGUCCACACCAGUUGCUACGGCGUCCCGGAGGGGGCAGAGCCAGGGACCUGGCAGUGUGCCCGCUGUGAGGCCAACGCACAGACCCAGGACUGCUGCUUGUGUCCUCUGCGUGGUGGAGCUCUGCAGAGAGCCAACAACGACAAAUGGGUGCAUGUGCUGUGUGCCAUCACCGUGCUGGAGGCUCGCUUCGUCAACGUGGUGGAGCGCAGCCCUGUCGACCUGAGGGGGAUCCCACUGUCCAGGUUCAGACUGAAGUGCCAGGUGUGUAAGCAGCGAGGAGGGCACCAGCUGACAGGAUGUUGUGUCCAGUGUUCCCAUGGCCGCUGCUCUACGGCGUACCACCCCUCCUGUGCCCAGGCGGCCGGAGUGCUCAUGUACCCUCAUGACUGGCCCUUCAUCGUGUUCAUUUCCUGCCAGAGACACAAGGCCGCCACCUUCCCCGAGAGAGACCAGGCCAGCCUGAGGGUGCUGCAGGUGGAGCAGGUGGUGAUCUGCAAGCACAAGAACGGUCGUUACUACCGCUGUGAGGUGGUGGAGGUCAGCACAGCCUCCUUCUACCAGGUCACCUUCACCGACGGCUCCUUCAGCAACGACCUGCUGCCCGAGGACAUAGAGAGCAGGGACUGUGCUCGUCUGGGAGCCCCUGCUGAAGGUGAUGAUGUUCAGGUCCGCUGGACAGAUGGUCUGUUGUACGGAGCCACAUUUGUAGCAUCACACACCAUCCCCAUGUACCAGGUGGAGUUUGAGGAUGGCUCUCAGUUGUCGGUGAAGAGGGAGGAAUUGUAUAGUCUGGAUGAAGACCUGCCUAAGAGAGUCAAGUCCAGAAUGUCGGUGGCAUCUGACAUGCGCUUCGACGGGAUCUUCACAGAGGAGGAGGUGAAGCAGGACUCCAAGAGGCAGCGUGUGUUUAACUCCCGCUACCGCGAGGCCUAUGUAGAGCCAGUCAUCUACAGAGCCAUCCUGUAGACUAUCUCACACACACACACACACACACAGAGAGCCAUCCUGGAGUAGACUAUCACACACACACACAUGCAUAUAUACAGGAAUUUACAUCGGUACACUCAUUCAUAUACACACGGAAAUUCACAUCUCCACACCACUCAACCACACUCCCAGAGAGGUGGGUGCUCUCCAGGCGUGGCAGCCCCUCCAGGCAGCCCCUCCCUGGCCAUGCUGAGCAGCCUUGGCCCCUCCUGGUGUGGAGGCUCCCUGGAGCUCUGAGCCCCAGCUGGGACUGGAGCAGCUGGACCACGCCAACCCCCCAGCCCUGCCUCUCCAGAUGGUAUCUUCUGCCUCCAUGUUAAUGAGGAACGUACCAACUAGAAGGGACAGGGGGGGUUAACCGUACCUCAGUGACUCAGAGAGUUUGUUUGUUUGUUUGUUUGUUUGUUUGUUAGUGGAGCUGUUUUAAUGUUGCUCCUCAGUUGAAGCGUUAACUUCUCUGUUCCUGAAACAUAAAUGCAACUUGUGUUCGCAUCCUAGAUGUCCCUCUCCUUGAUCCUUGAGCUCAUCUCCUUGAUCCACUUCCUCUGAGGUAUGGUGACCAGACCAGACUGGACAGGUGGAAACCAGGGGCCAUAACUCUAGAAUCCAAUGAAGCCAUCUGAAACGGGUGACUUUCGAAGGAAGGAUGGAAGGAUUCCGGGUAGUCAGCUACUUAUGAAGGACAGAUUAAGGAUCUAUCACCAUUCACAUCAACUGGGGUUUCAUUUAGAGAUUAAAUUAUAAAAACUGUCUUCCCACAGUGUAAUGCUCUUACAAUCUCUCCAGGAGCCUGCAUGUUUCUGAGAGCAGGUUUGGAAAAGGUUCUGCUGUGGUAGACAGCUUCAGGGCCCUUAGUCUCGACUGCCUGUUAAGGAUUAACAGUGCAGAAGGUCUGUUCUUCUGAAUGUUUAUGUUUUGAUCCAAGUGUGUUGUUGUAGACAUCAGAUGUCUCAGUCCUGGUACCGUCGUAGCUUAUUUAAACCAAUGUGUCUCAGGAGGGCGCACACACACAUGCUUGCACACACGUGGACACAUACACACACACGCCUAUACCUCUUAAGCCAUGGUGUUCUGGGUGCUCGAGUCAGGAAACUGGUUCAGUAAAGAUCAGACUUGAGAAAACAAAACCAGUCGUCUGUGUGUUCUGUUCUGGUCUCA